CGACUGUCCACUUCUGUGAAGAGAAAUAAGCUCGGCUUCAGCGGCCGUAGCAGAACUGAAGAGUUGAUAAAGUGGUGGACUGGAAAUGGUCCGGAACUCAGCGCCAACCAAACUGCCGCCUUGGUCCUCAAUAAUGAGAAGUUGCAAAAUGAAGAGAAAGAAAAGAGGGAUGGCGCUUAUACCCGCAAUUAUAGCAUUCUCGAAGUCGCCUACCGGCCUAGACUGACUUGCAUUCCGCUAAGUGCCACUGCGGCAGGCCGUCUUGGCCGGCUGCAGACAGGACAUCGCCAGAGUCGGGCUGUCGACUGGCCGGGCAGUGAGCAAAGGUUGAAUGGCGACGUCUCCGGUGGAAACAAGGGGUCGGUGGGGCACAGAAGGCGGCGCUGUAGCAACCCGGGCAGACGAAACCGAUUCCGAGCUGGUCUAAGCGGCUUAGGCAAGCGGUACAUCUGCUGCCGCGCUGACUGGUCAGGAGGAGGCAGACGGAGGAGGAGAGGUCUACAGAGGAGAGUAGGGAAAGCAUAUGGAAGCAAAUAUAAGAAAUACGAGGAGACGCGAAGUAAAAAGAUCAUAGGCCUUGGGGGAGGCAAAUUUCGAGGUGACUAA